AUGUCUUCCAUCGUCUGUUCCGGAGUAGUAGACCCGGUGAUCCUGGAUGUUGAAAAAGAAACGACCACUACCUCAUCAAAUAAUGAUGAUGCGAUUGAUGAGCCUGAUGACAAUCUUCCCAGUACAAGUGGUUGUACAGGAAAUGCAGUGCCUGAUCAUAAACAUCAGAAUAUUCAAAACCCAAUCACAGAGUCUUUUGAAAGAAUUGCAUCUUUGAAAGAGGGUGGUGGCAGACAUUCAACUAUCACUCUGUGCAUCUUAUUCUUUAUCCGCAAGGAUAUACGACCAUUCCAAGUUAUUGAAGGGCAAGGCUUCAAACGGCUUAUGAACGAAUUAGCUCCAGGCUACAAAAUCCCAUCGGUAAAAUACAUAGAGAAAAGGCUCAACGAGAAGUUUGAAUUAUGUGCUACAAAAUUUAAGGAGUUAUUGUGUAGUGUAAACAGCCUCUGUCUGACAACAGAUAUUUGGACGGAAACAAUGAGAAGUAUAUCAGGUGAAAAUUUUGUCACCAUAUCAAAAGUUGUUCCCAUAGUAAGCUGUUUGGUGUCAGAACUGGACAAAUUUAAAACUACAUCAGUUGCUGUGGAGCAAGUCCUGGAUUGUGUGAAAAAGGAAGUACAGAAACGAUUUGAGGCUAUUGAGUACAACGACCAUGCUGCUGUGGCUUCACUUUUGGAUCCACGAUUCAAGAACCUCCAUUCCAGAGAUCCUGUUGCAUGUACUAAGGCAAUUAGAAAGCUGAGGGACUUGAUCAAAUUGGAUGCUUCAGUGUCUACAAGCUCAGAAUCAGAUGAAGACAUGGCUGCUAGUUCAUCACAGGCAUAUGACUUCUGGCAACACCACAAAGAACUGGCACAUUGGCAGAAGAGGAAAAAGUCAAGUAGGGGUAGUGAGGGAGAUGAACUUUCUGUAUAUCCAGGGAAUCCAGUAGCUCCACUGAAAUCAAAUCCUCUGGAACAAUGGGAUGAGAUGAAAAGUGUGUUUCCCUUACUCUACCGUACAAAAAAAAACAAAAAACUUUUUAGUUGUUGUUGCAUCUUCUGUUCCUUGUGAACUUUUAUUUUCAAAAGCAGGUGCCACUGUAACAAAGACAAGGAACAGACUCUCUGGGAAACACCUAGAAAAGCUUUUGUUUCUUGGAGGUUUAGAUGAAGAAGUUUUUUCAGGGUAAAUCAAGUUUGUCAAAGUUAAGUUAGUUAGUGUAGUAAGUUUAAGUUCCAAGUUUUAAAGUAAGUUUACUGCAUUAAUAAUGCAUAAGUGUUAGCCAAGCAAAGAAGGCCCUCUGGCAAAAUGAGAAAAUCACUCCAUCUCGGUCAAUAUUGGUUCAAAUACUGGUCUCAAUUGUGGGAAAUAUUCAGAUUGUCUAUAAUUUGAUACCAAAUCAAUAAUUUUUCAACCAAUAUUGACCAAGCUAGAGUCAUUUUCUCAUCUUGCCAGAGGGUAUUUUUUGUUUGGACAGACUAUACACAUUUGAAUCAUAAUUGAUUCAUAAAAUGAAAUAAAUCAAAUGCCCUUUUUUAAACAUUAAAAGUAUUUUUACACAUUUAAGUUUCAAAAAGGGUAUUUGAUUUAUUUUAUCUUGUCUAUCAAUUAUUUUAAAUAGCCCUAAGUUUAAAGUUUAAUUUUGAAUCAUAAUGUAUGCAUUAAUAGUGUAUAACACAUAAACAUGUUAGAAUAGACUAUAUUUUAUUUGUCAUCGUAUUUACAAGCUAGAAUACAUGAACAUCGUCAUUUGAUUUGUAGUCUAUUUAUCACAAUCAUAAAUAUGAAAAAUUU